UGCCCUGCCCCUCUGCCUGCUCCACACUGCGGCGGGCAGAGCUGUUAGCUACAGAAAUGGCGGAGGGGGAGUUGGACGUCGACUCGCUGAUUUCCAGGCUCUUGGAGGUGCGAGGAUGUCGUCCGGGGAAGAUCGUCCAGAUGUCAGAGGCCGAGGUGCGCGGCUUGUGCAUCAAGUCUCGGGAGAUCUUCCUCAGUCAGCCCAUCCUGCUGGAGCUGGAGGCUCCGCUCAAAAUCUGUGGUGAUAUCCACGGACAGUACACAGACCUGCUCCGGCUCUUUGAGUACGGCGGCUUCCCUCCAGAGGCCAACUACCUGUUCCUGGGAGACUACGUGGACAGAGGGAAGCAGUCUCUGGAGACCAUCUGCCUGCUGCUCGCCUACAAGAUCAAAUACCCCGAGAACUUCUUCCUGCUCAGAGGCAACCACGAGUGCGCCUCCAUCAACCGCAUCUACGGAUUCUACGACGAGUGUAAACGCAGAUUCAACAUCAAGCUGUGGAAGACGUUCACUGACUGCUUCAACUGCCUGCCCAUCGCCGCCAUCGUGGACGAGAAGAUCUUCUGCUGUCACGGAGGUCUCUCUCCAGACCUGCAGUCCAUGGAGCAGAUCAGACGCAUCAUGAGACCCACAGACGUGCCCGACACAGGCCUCCUGUGUGAUCUGCUGUGGUCGGACCCCGAUAAGGACGUCCAGGGCUGGGGGGAAAACGACCGCGGCGUCUCCUUCACGUUCGGAGCUGAUGUGGUCAGCAAGUUCCUGAACCGCCACGACCUGGACCUCAUCUGCAGAGCCCACCAGGUGGUAGAAGACGGUUAUGAGUUCUUCGCCAAGCGGCAGCUGGUGACUCUGUUCUCGGCUCCCAACUACUGCGGAGAGUUCGACAACGCCGGCGGCAUGAUGAGCGUGGACGAAACCCUGAUGUGCUCCUUCCAGAUCCUAAAGCCAUCUGAGAAGAAAGCCAAGUACCAGUAUGGAGGGAUGAACUCGGGUCGGCCCAUCACUCCUCCUCGCACAGCCCAACCUCCAAAGAAACGAUGAAGAAGAGAGAGACAUGAAUGUCAAAGAUUGUCUCCUGUUGGCUUUCCACAACACAAAAGAAGUCAAAGCAACACUUGGCAGAGGGAAACCGAACACAACUAUUUCAAAAGACACCCCAACCUGUCUUUCAUCUUCAUUUCUUCCUGACCUCCCCCCGAGCUGCUGUCACUCUCUUCUUCUUCAAAGCUUUUUAUUCUCAUCUGCGUAACAUUUUUUUAAAACAAGUGUUUAAAA